CUUCCUCAUGACAGGAAGGAGAAUGCGGAAGGAGCUGAGAAUUAAAGAAGCUCUCAGUGUUUCAAAGUGUGAAGACAUGCAGAGAGACGUGGGAUGAAAAUGCAAAUGAGGUAUUGCUGAUCAAGCCACAGUUGAGGAUGGAUCUCCCCAUGGACAGAAAUACAAGUUUCCCAAACGUCUUUAGCAACCGCAGCAACACCAGCAACACAUGCUCCCGGGACAACGUUCUGAAGACGGUGGUUUUUCCAGUGCUCUACUCCAUCUUGUUCCUGGUGGGACUCUCUCUCAAUGGCCUGGCGGUUUGGGUGUUUUUACGCACCCCGUCGCGAUCCCACUUCAUUAUAUAUCUGAAGAACAUUGUGGUCGCGGACGUCAUCAUGACCUUCACCUUUCCUUUCAAGGUGUUGUCAGACUCCAACAUGGCCUCUACGGCAGUGCGUGUGUUCGUGUGUCGGGUCUCCUCCGUGCUCUUCUAUCUCACCAUGUACAUCAGCAUCCUCUUCUUCGGCUUCAUCAGCAUCGAUCGCUGCAGGAAAACCCUUGACCCGUUCAGGGCGACCAACGCUACGAGGCUGGCCCGCCGCAAGAUUCUCUCCGGCGCCAUCUGGGCCGUGCUGCUGGUUCUUUGUCUGCCCAACGUUAUCCUGACAAACGUCCCGCCGAGAUCCCAUUACUUCAAGUGCAGCGACCUGAAGACGCAGGCCGGACUCUUCUGGCACGAGGUGGUGAACCAUGUUUGUCAAGUCAUCUUCUGGGGCAAUCUGGUGACGGUGAUCAUUUGCUACACUCUCAUCACCAAAGAGCUGUAUCGAUCGUACUCCAGAACCAAGUCCCACGCCGCCGAUGCCACUCAGAACAGCCGCCAGUCCAAAAGGAAAAUGAACGCAAAUGUUUUCCUCGUCCUGGCGGUUUUCUUCGUGUGUUUCGUGCCGUUUCACUUCGCACGUGUGCCGUACACCAUGAGCCAGACCCGGGGUCUCCUCUUUGACUGCAAGCUCAAGCUGUUUUUCUUUCAGCUGAAGGAAAGUACUCUCUUCCUUUCAUCCUUAAACUCACUUCUGGAUCCCCUCAUCUACUUCUUCCUCUGUAAAUCCUUCAGGACCACUCUGUUCAAGACCCUGCGGCUGCCCGCUGGUACCUGCAGCAGGCUCGUAGGAAGGGAUUCAGACUCAGCCAGUAUUCACCUCAGGGACUCCACCGCCUGAACAUCUCACCUUUAAAAUCCUUUUUGGGGUCACUUUUGAAUUGAUGCAGGAAUUUCACAAGUCAGUUCGUCAGGUUUCAAGUUCUCCUCUGCAUGAUCAGAUUUUUGUUGAGUGACGCCACCUUGUGGUUAAAAGGUAUAUCGUCAUUGCGCUCCUCUGUCUGUCGGUCAAUUUUGAUUCAGCUCAGCGAUGUCGCAGUGUGAGUGGUAAUAACAAGAUCGUACUGUUUUAAUACACUCAUUGUCAUAAUAGCUCUAGUGAGACGGACCAAUAUAUUAUUAAGUAAAAAUAAAUAAAUAAUAAUAACUGGUGCAUCUUGAUCAUCGGGACUGCAGUCUGAUGUGUGAAUCAUGUACAACACUUUGGUCCACGCUAAAUCAUUAAUUCAUUCCCUUCUGCUUUGUAAUUUCAUUUCUAUAUUUAUUCAUAACAAUAUAAUAGAUCAAGCAGGUGUAAUAAGCAAACUAACAUCCUCUGUGUGAUGUCAGGAAUCAUGUACCUGUUCAAGCCAAUUCUAAAUAAA